AUGCCCGAGAUAGCAGAGGUCGCCCGAAUAGUCCAUUUCCUGCGACUGCACUUGGUUGGCAAGAAAAUUGCCAGCGUGUCUGCCGUCGACGAUGCCAACGUUUUCGGGAAAGUCGGUACAAGUGGCGCGGCGGUCGAAGAAGCGCUACGGAACAAGAAAGUUGUCUCCGCUGGCAGCCAGGGCAAAUACUUUUGGAUCGCGUUGGAUAAACCACCUCACCUUGUGAUGCAUUUUGGCAUGACGGGCUGGAUCCACAUCAAGGGGGAAAAGACGGCGUACACAAACUACUACAAGAAGAUGAAGGAUGCCGAACUCGAGCAGUGGCCGCCAAGAUUCUGGAAAUUCCACCUCGCCACCGAGGGCGAAUCAGCGGCAGAGGUAGCAUUCACCGACGCACGGAGGUUCGGUCGCGUCCGGCUCGUGGACUGCCCCGGUGGCGAGAUCAGGAAACACUCCCCGUUGGCAGAGAACGGCCCCGACCCUGUGCUGGACGUGGACAUCUUCACGGAAAGCUACCUACGGGGCAGGAUGAAGUCCCGGCACGUGCCGGUCAAAGCCCUUCUUCUGGAUCAGACGGUCAUCAGCGGCAUCGGAAAUUGGGUCGCGGACGAGACGCUCUACCAGGCCAAGCUCCACCCUGAACAGUACUGCGACGACUUUAGCAAGGAGGAGAUGACGGAGCUGUACGAGUCGAUCCGGUACGUCUGCCAGACGGCUGUGGACAAGCUCGGCGACUCGGACGAGUUCCCUGCCCACUGGCUCUUCAACCACCGCUGGGGCAAGGGCGACAAGAGCGGUUCAGCGAAGCUACCAAACGGCGAUAAGCUCGCAUUCAUCACAGUCGGAGGGCGCACGAGCUGCUACUCGCCUGCUGUGCAAAGGAAGACGGGAGGUAUACCGGCGAGGGCUAAGACGGAGCCUGAUGAGGCAGCGGUGAAGCAGGCACGAAAACAAAAGGUCCCUCCCACAGCGGCAGAGGAUAAAGCAGACGGUACCUCGAGGAAGAAAACGCGGACAAAGGGGGUCAAGGACGAAGAGAGCAAGGACAAGGACGUGAAGGUGCUGCCGGUAGAUUUGGCCGGCGGACGGAGGAGGUCGGCACGGUUGAGAAGCUGA